AUGGCCAGUCGUGUCGCGGCGCUGAGUCUUUACCGGCAACUGAUCCGCGAAUCCAAUAAGUUUGAUGACUAUAUUUACCGCAAAUACGCGGUCAGACGCGUGAGGGAUGCGUUCCGCGCGGCCAAAGGCGUGACCGAUGCGGACACUGUUCACCGAAUGCUUGCCGACGGACACAAGAAUCUGGAGAUAAUCCGCAGACAAGCGGUGAUCAACCGAUUGUAUAAAAGCGAUAAACUGGUGGUCGAGGGCCAGAGCGCCGGCAAAGCUAACAAUACCUAA